CGGUGCCCGCGGCAGCCGCGGCUGUUCCGCAGGGUCGGGCUCGGCGGAGCAGCGCUCGAGUGGCAGCGGCGGAGGAGGCACAGCCAGCCCGGAGAUGACAGACACCCUCCCGCCCCGCGGCUGCCCGGCGGCAGAGCCGGCCGAGGACGGCUACUUUCGCAAGGGAUGCAAUCCUCUUGCCGAGACUGGACGAAGCAAACUGCAGAAUCAAAGAGCCGUCCUGAACCAGCAGAUCUUAAGAGCAGUCAGAAUGAGAGCUGGUGCUGAGAAUCUUUUAAGAGCAACCACCAACAACAAAGUACGGGAGCAGGUUCUGCUGGAACUCAGUUUUGUAAACUCAGACCUGCAGAUCUUGAAGGAGGAAUUGGAAGGACUUAACAUCUCAGUGGAAGUUUAUCAAAAUGCAGAAGAGACUUUCAGUAUUCCCUUGGUACCUCUUGGCCUGAAGGAAACCAAAGAAGUAGAUUUUACACUCCCCCUCAAGGACUUUAUUCUGGAACAUUAUAGUGAAGACAGUUCUGAGUAUGAGGAUGAAAUAGCAGAUCUCAUGGAUCUGAGACAGGCCUGCCGCACCCCCAGCCGAGACGAGGCCGGCGUUGAGAUGUUGAUCAGCUAUUUCCUGCAACUUGGUUAUGUAGAAAGCAGAUUUUUCCCGCCCACCAGGCACAUGGGAAUUUUAUUUACGUGGUAUGACUCCUUCACAGGUGUCCCAGUGUGCCAGCAAAACCUGUUUCUUGAGAAGGCCAGUAUUUUAUUCAACAUUGGAGCUCUCUACACCCAGAUUGGAACAAGGUGCAACCGCCAGACCCAGGCUGGACUUGAAAAUGCUGUUGAUGCUUUUCAGAAAGCUGCAGGAGUCCUGAACUACUUAAAGGAGACCUUUACUCACACCCCAAGUUAUGACAUGAGCCCAGCCAUGCUGAAUGUUCUGGUGAAAAUGAUGCUUGCACAGGCUCAAGAGUGUGUUUUUGAGCAGAUUGGGCUCUCUGGAAUACGCAACGAGUUUUUCACACUUGCAAAAAUGACACAGGAAGUUGCCAAGGUGGGAGAGGUUUACAUGCUGGUUAACGCUGCAAUGAAUCAGGAGCCAGUGAAAGAGAACAUUCCCUAUUCCUGGUCUAAGCUGGCACAAAUAAAGUCGGACCAUUACAAAGCUCUGGCACAUUAUUUCACUGCCACCAUUCUGUGUGACCAUGAAUUGCAGCCUGGUGAUGAUGAGGACCAGCAGGAGAAGGCCUUGUCCCAGCUCUACGACCACAUGCCCGAAGGACUGAUGGCUCUGGCUGUUCUGAAGGACAAAGUUAGGAGAAAACAAUUAGGGAAGGCUCAUCUACGCCAGGCCAUCGUUUACCACGAGGAAGCUCUGAGGGUCUGCGGGCUGUGCAAAAAGCUUCGGAACAUCGACGUCCUCCAGGAGGUGCUGACAGCUGCACACAAGCGUUCACUGCUCAAAUAUGCUCAGCAGGAGACAGAAGAUGACUUCCUGAGCCUAAUCCAGGCUCCAGAUAUCCUCCCCAAAACAGAGCAUAAAAUAGAAACAAUCGCUCCUCAGUUUUCCAAGGUGAAAGUUAAAGACUUCUUUCACAAGCUGGGCCCCCUGACUGUGUUCUCAGCCAAGCAGAGGUGGACGGCUCCACGUACCAUUCGCAUCCCCCAGGGAGCAGGAGAGCUCGGAUUCCAUCUCAAAGGGGGUUCACCAGUACAGAUUUAUUGUCUGGAUCCACUUUGUCCUGCAGCAUCGAUGGGCCUGAAAGAAGGUGACUACAUUGUUUCAGUCGGCGGAGUGGAUUGCAAGUGGCUCGGAGUGAAUGAGGUGCUGGAAAAACUGAGGAGCGUGGGAGAGCAGCCCCUGGAGAUCCAGGUUAUCAGUUGCCAGGAUACAGCAGCAUCUUUGCACAGCAAGAGCGCGACGUACUCCGUGGGAAUGCAGAAGACGUACUCUUUAAUCUGCUUAGCCAUGGACGAGGAUAAAAUGGAUCAGACCAAGAAAGCCCCGCUGAAACUCCCUUUUCUAAGCUGGGGAACUAAAAACAGACAGAAAGCUGCGAGCACCCUCUGCCUGCCUUCGGCUGUGGCGGGGAGUUCUCAGACCAAGAAGAAGCUUUUACCCUUCACGCUUCUGAACACGGAGAGCUCAUUGUACUGAGUCUUCCGGAAGGAUCUGUCAACGUGACGCUUCUGUUUAAAAUGUACAUAAAAAUCAGCUUUAUCUCGAUAAAAAUCGAUUUUAUCUUUAUGUAUGUGUGUACAAACUCAGACAAGUACCGUGGGACUUCAUUUGCCUGUGCGUGGAGACACUUGUGAAGGUCAGAGCCUGGCAAGGACUGUAAAACCGAAGUAUUUGAAGGGCAGAAUGAAGCAGUUUGGGAGGUAUGCAAUAAGAAGAUGUAGAGGAUAGAACUGCUUACGUGAGGACUGGAUUCCUUUGGAAUUUCAAAAUACAGUUAUCGUGACUAAUUUUUAAUGACUAUGCUAGAUGGGAGUUAUUUAUUACAGACUUGAUGCUGCAUGCAAAACAAUAGGGGACACAUUAAAGGAUGAUUUUGCUCUGAAAGUUUAGAGUCACUUAACACUAAAGAAUUAUCUUAAACCACAAAUGAGAGAGAACGAUGUUAUUCAGACAAACUAACCUUGUGCCAAGGGUUGGUGCCACAGCAUUGUGGUUUUUAUGCAGACGAGGUGUGUUCUGCUGAAUAGAUAAUUUAAUUCUGGAAGAGAAUUAGAAGGCUUAAAAUUUAAAAUGUCUUUGAACUCCAAAAGGCUUGUACUCUGCUCUUUUUCUAGGAUACAUUUUAAAUGCCUGCUGAUGCAAAUGUUAAAAACAGGCUUUAUUCCAAAUGACAUUAUUUAAUCUACUUACCUUGAGACUUGUGUCUUAUUAGUCUUGAUAAAGUGGAUUAACUGUGAAACAAAUCUCAAAAUGGACAUAUUAUAGUAUAAUAAUCAAGAGUAUAUAAGUUGCAGUGAUGAAGAGUGCCUGUGUAAGUGGCAGAAUAUUUAUUUACUGUCGCAUCAAAUCUUUCUGCCCUUGGCAAAAUUCAUGAGCAGCUAUACAUAUUAUAGUAAGGAGGGAGACAAAAAAUAACUGGUGAGCAUUUCUUUGAGAUUCUUCUGUGUUCUAAAUUAACUGAAAAUUGCUAACACUGUAGUGUUAGUUAACAUUGCCAUCUACAGAGUAGAUAUAUGCUGUUUGAUACUCAAAACUUGAAUGAGGGGAGAGUUUGCAUCUUGGUGUAAACUUGGAAGUUGUCACUUAUUUUUAGUUUCUUAUGUAGUAGGUGUAAAUAUCUUGAUGACAUUUAUUUAAGAAUAAAAAUCAGAUGCUGUCA